CUGUGAGUUCGUCAGAUCAGGGAGGUCAGCCAUUUGAAGACAGGAUGAUGUUAUCGGGGGUUUGUCUGUGGCUCAUUCAAUUGUUCUUCAAGACUUCCCCGUCCCCUCAGGCAGGGCAUCAAUCCAUUUGACGGAUGGGGAAAUGCAAUUGGCCUGGCGUGGUAAAGUUUGAGCGUGGUGAGGGACCACUUGGCCGGUGGGAACCCACACCUCAUUGGGCAAACCUGCACUGGGAUUCUGGGUCGCUGGGGCCAUCGCUGGCCCGAACGCUUGCAACCUCCAAAUCUCAACCUUGCGCUUUCGAGGUCCCUUUUCAUUCUCCAUCACCAACAAAUGCCAGAUCCCUAAUCGCCCUGUCACCAGCUCGCCGACGGACCAAAUUGGACAGAAAUACCCUCACCACCUGCGCUGGAAACUGA